AUGGCGGGAAGGCAGAGCGGAGCACUACGUAGUGAAUCCGGAGCCUUGUCGUCCACUGACAGUCGCCCUCUUCUGUUGCAGAGAUUCGACGCCCUGAGUCGAGCGGAAGCGGCCGGGUUCCUGGCGCGUGCGGUACUCAACGCGCCAUCUACCAGCCUCAAGGCAGACUUGGAAAAGCUCUGCAUCACGUCACCUCCGGGCGAGCGAAUUGCCUUCCGGCAGGAUUCCUCUGGCUGCGCGGAGCAGAGGACUUUCGGCGGCGCGCGGGCCGUGGCGGCCAUCUACGGGGUGCUACGCUUCUACAAGCUGGUGCGCUCCGGCUACUGGAAGCGGCCGGAUGCCUACGAGCUGUGA